GCGCAGUUAUUGUUUAUUUUGUCACAGUGUACACAACAUGGCAUAGGGUUAAGAGAAAGUGUAUCUCUAACUAUAAUAGUUAAUCCUGUGAGCAUGCUGACUGGUCUCAUGUAGGGAUCCAAUACCUGCAGGAAAAACACAAGCAGUUUCGAUAACAAGGCUUAGCAGUCCUGGUAUAAGUUACAGGGGAGGGUAGAUCUAUAUUGUAUUAUAGCUGCAACAACACUGUUAGCUAGCUAGCUAGGGAUACCUACUAACUGUCUACCAUUGAAGAGAGACUACCCAUGACAUCCAUGCUGUGUGGACUAGUGUGUGUGGUCCUGCUCUCUGGGCUCACUGCACUGGCAGGGGGACAGCCAGUCUACCUGACUCUGGGAUCUGGUCCUAGUAUCACUACUGACAAUACUGAGAUCCCCAUCACUACCAUUGGAGAGGAUGGUAGUCUCCCUUCUCUCACUUGUCACACUGACCUCACUACCUGCUGUAGAAGUGGUGCUGACAACAAUGGUAAUGGAGCACUAGGACAGUGGACGUUUCCUGAUGGGAGUGUGGUACUGCAAAAUGGUGGCUCAAUGAAUGCUGGACAACAGUUCUACAUUACAAAGAAUUCACAUAAGCUGAUAAGACUGGCUCGUAGAGAGACUACCAACCCCGUCCCUCCAACCGGGUCCUACUGCUGUACUGUACCAACUACUGGAGGAGAGAUGACCCUCUGUGCUAACCUGGUUCCUCCAAUCCUAUGUUCUGAUGAUCUCCCGACCAUCUAUAAUGGAGCCAUAACCUACGCUGAUGGAUCCACUAACAACAGACCAGUGGGUGCUACGGCCACUUACAGCUGCUUCAAUUCCUACACUCUGGUUGGAGUGUCAGUGAGGACUUGUGGGAGUGAUGGAGAGUGGGGCUCAACACCAGCUCCAGUGUGUCAGAUAACCUGCUCUAACCUACCCUCACUGACAAAUGGAAACGUUGACUAUGGUGAUGCUGGAUCCACUGACAACAGACCAGUGGGCACUGUGGCCACCUACACUUGUGUCCCUGGCUACACUCUCAAUGGAGGCAUCACCAGGACUUGUGGGAGUGAUGGAAUGUGGAGUGGGUCAGCUCCAGUGUGUCAGCUUAACUGCCCUGACUUACUCCCACUGAUGAAUGGGAUGAUUAUGCACAAUGGUGGAUCCACUAACAACAGACCUUUUCUCUCUAGUGCUGCACACUCCUGUAACCCUGGCUACAAUCUCACUGGAGGUACUUUCUUUGGAGGUACCACCAGGAUCUGUGUGGGUGGAGGGAUCUGGAAUGGGUCACCUCCAACUUGCCAGCUGAACACAGGACGCACUGAUCCUCCACCCAUCACCUGUUCUGACCUGGCAGCUCUAACUAAUGUAAUGAUUGGCUACAAUAUGGGGGCUUCUAAUCUGAGACCAGUGGACACUGUGGCCACCUACACCUGUAACACUGGCUACACUCUCACUGGAGGCAGCACCAGGACUUGUGGGAGUGAUGGAAUGUGGAGUGGUGAUGUUACAGUGUGUCAAGCUACCUGUCCUGACCUCACUCUACCAGCCAAUGGAGUGAUUAUCUACAGUCCAGCUAACACUUCCAAACUAGAAGGAACAGUGGCUACACAGAGCUGCUUGAAUGGAUACGUACCCUCCACUACCAGCACUGCUACCAGAGUGUGUAGAGCUGACAGAUUGUGGAGUGGAUCAAAUCUCACUUGUCAAUUACCUCCUGUCUACGUCUCCAUGGGAACCACCAACUAUGCUGUUAUGAACUCACAGGUUGCCAUAGAGACCAUCGGAGAUACCAAUGAGACAGCAUUGACUUGCAGAACUGACUCAACUAUUUGCUGUACAGGAAAAGAUAAUCCCAAUAGUGCCAAUGGAUUAGGAUAUUGGCUACUACCAAAUGGAACAGCUGUCACUAGGAGUCAGGACAUUACUGAUUCAGACACUGAUCUACUGUACAGUGUUGGAGAUACAGGUGCACUCAGACUCCAUCGUCGAGGGUCUGUGUCAGGCCCCACUGGCUCCUACUGCUGUGUGAUUCCUGACAAUACUGGAGUAAAUAUGACAUUCUGUGUGCAGUUAGUGCCUGGAGUCAACAUUACCUCUCCUCCAACCACAGCCACUACUGGAGGGGAAACUGAAGCUAGUAACACAGGAGGUGUGGUGGCAGGUGUAGUCAUUGUGUUACUCAUUCUAGCCGCUGUCAUUGUGGUGGGUAUCAUUGUCGGGGUCUACUUCUGGAGGAAACUUCGUGGCAACCAGACCAAGUACAGCCCCUCCCCACGCCAUGCCCCUCCCCCUCGCCCCACCCCCUAUCAAGCAUCCUUCAAGAAGAGCAACGGACAAGACAGUAAAGUCACCAUUGAGAAAGUUGACGAGCCUAGUAUAGAAGAGUUUCCUAGUGAUACUCAUGUGACGGAGGGGGAGGAGGUGUAUCUGAGGGUGAAGGUGGGAGGUCACCCUCCACCCAGUCUCACCUGGUACCACGAUGGUAGGAAGGUCACUGCAGACUAUGCCACAGAACUGGAUCAGGACGGUGGAUUAUCCUUCCCUAGUGUGGAGACUAAGCAUGCUGGUGUGUAUAAACUGGUGGUUACUGGAGCCUCAGGGUCAACAACACAACAGGUCGUCACGGUAACAGUGAUGAGUGAGGGUGGUGAGGCUAGUGAGGGGGUGGAGGGGGUGGACUACGCCCCCAUACCUGUGACAGAGUUUGGAGCGUACGUGGCUGACCUCCAUGCUGGCAGCAAUAAGAAGUUCAAAGAUCUCUACAAGAAUCUGGACAGUGGGGAGAGGGGUCAUCCAGUGAUUAUUUCAGUGACUCCUGAGAACAAACUCAACAACAGAUUUGGCAACAUUGCUGUGUAUGAUGACAACCUCAUUAUCCUAGACCCCAUCCCUGGACAAGAGGACUGUCAGAGUCACUACAUUAAUGCCUGCUAUGUAGACGGAUACAAAAAACCUAAAAAGUUCAUAGCAACACAAGGACCACUGCCGCGAACUCUGGUGGACUUCUGGCGUCUCAUGUGGCAGGAGAGACCACCCAUAAUAGUCAUGCUCACCAACCUCGAGGAGAACAACAAGAUCAAGUGUCAGCCAUACUGGCCAGAGUCUGGGAAGAAGCAGUUUGGACCAUUCACAGUUGCCAUUACAGAUCAGCAGAUAUUGGCUGACUACACCGUCAGGACACUGGAGGCUUCAUUGGAUGGAGACCGCCGUGUGCUGAGAGUCAAGCUAUUCCAUUUCACUGCCUGGCCUGAUCACGGUGUGCCUGACUAUGCCACGCCCAUUCUUGCAUUCCAUCGUCGGGUCCAGUCCCAACACAAGCCAUCGAAAGGUCCUAUUCUGAUCCACUGCAGUGCUGGUGUGGGACGCACAGGCACUUACAUUGCCAUUGAUAAUGUCCUCGAUCAGGUCUCAGUCGAAGGUCUCAUCGAUAUUUCCGGCACCAUUGUCAAAUCUCGUAACCAGAGGAUGAAGCUUGUACAAACACAGGACCAAUAUGUGUUCAUCCACGAUGCUAUCCUGGAGUCAGUGACGUGUGGAGACACUCAGAUCAGUGCUGGAGAUCUGCGCAGACAGAUACAGAAGAUGUUAUCAGUGACCCCGGGAAAAACCAUCUCAGAAUUCCAAUACCAGUUCCAAAUUCUGGAACAAGUUACUCCAAAUCCUAAAGAAGUUCGAAGUCCUAUUGCUGUUAAGAAUGCUGCCAGGAACAGGAACAUGGACUACCUGCCACCUGAGACCAGUCGUGUGAUUCUGAAGGGAGAGCAACCUGACUACAUUCAUGCUGUGUUUGCUCAUGGCUACAAGCAUCAGAAGGCAUACAUCAUUGCCCAGAAUCCACUGGACUCAACUGUGCGUAACUUCUGGAAGGUGAUCUUUGAAAGGAAGUGUGCGGCUGUUGUGAUGUUGACUCCACUCAGUGAGAAUGGGCAGGAGGGAUGCUCCCAGUACUGGCCAGAGAGUGGCAAUGUCACCUCCUUCGGUGAGUUCACCAUCGAUAACUUGGGGGCGGAAACCAACACUGGAUUCGUUAUGAGGCAACUGAGCGUCCUCAAUGAAAAUACCCAAAAGGCCCACCAAGUGAUCCAGUUCCACAUCACUAACUGGAAGAGCAGUGGAAAGUGUGAGAACCUCAAAACUGUAAUUGACGUGAAUGAGGAGGUUAUAAAGGUUCAAAGGAGGACUGGAAACAAGGCAAUUGUGGUCCACUGCAGUGACACUGCGACCCGCUCUGGUAUGUACUGCUCCAUAGCUACUACCAUUGACCGUUGCAAGACAGAGGGAGUGGUGGAUGUGUUUCAGGUGGUCAAGGCUCUCAGGGUCCACAAGCCAGGGGCAGUACCCUCAGUCGACAACUACAAGGAUCUGUUUGAUGCUACUCUGGUCUACUUGGACUCUUUUGACAACUAUGCCAACUUCCAAGAUAUUUGAACUAUACUAUAACUAUGGAAGAACUUAGAAUUUUCGCAAAACCAUAAUUAUAUAAUAAUAAUAAUUAUAUAGAGCAUUUUAUUUUGUAAAUGGAUUUAUAAGACAACUUUACGUUUCCAAAUAACAAAUAUUAUUAGCAGA